AAUUCACUGGCGUGUUCCGCGGCAGAAGCACCCCCUCUCUGUCUUCCCCCAGUUCCAACUGUUGUGCUGCAGCAGAUUUGGUCUGAGUCUGGGCAGAGCCCCUUUUUAUGGAGCAACCCUCCCGAUUCGUUACAGCAAGAGUCUGGUGCAAGUGAUCCUUGCCUCCCAACGCACACAAAGGCAAAGAGCUCCUUAAAGGGACCUGCCUGCUGCUCCGUGCAGCUGCAAACCCGUGUCAGUGCAGGCUCAGCAACCCAGGCUUUUGCUCGAGAAUGAGUGGGGAGGGGUCUUGAGGAGCCCCCACGUCCUCCCGGAGCGGAGGCGGGAGGGAACUGACAGCCGGAGUGGAUGGAGACCACCAGUCCGCGGGGACCCGCUUGCGAUUAGCUGCUUCUUGGGAUGCUCCGCGCGCCAGUUGAGCAUCCUGCCUGUGGUCCAGGGGAUGCUGGAGGCGCAUCUUGCGGUAAGCCUGCGCUGAUUUGAGCCAUCGCCCAGAAGCGAGCCCGCAUUCAGACACCGCGGACCGGCUCCGCGAAGGGCUGCGUGCAGUCACCAUGAAUGUUCAGCUCUAGGCUUCUGUAAAAACCUCCCCACUGCAUGGAUUUGGCUGUUUAAUCAGCCGAGAUUACAGCCCGGAAAGAUUUGCAAGCCUGAUUCUCCCUCCAGCUGCUGUGACAACUUCGGGGCCGUCUGUUUACUUCUCUGGGUCCCCGGGACUCUUGCAUCGCAGCCCCUUGUGCCACUUUGUGGGCUUGACUCGGAAGUCAGCCGCCAGGACUCCUCUGACGGCAUCCUCAGGAAGGGGGAGCAAGGAGGGCUUAAAAGAAAAGCAGGAAUCCCCCCAACUGCUCAACCUCUCGUGACUGCCUGUGUUCUGGGGUUCUGAGAGGGACCGUGCGCUGCCUGGGGAAGCAAUGCAAGUCUCCAUAGCCUGCACAGAGCACAAUUUGAAGAGUCGGAAUGGUGAGGACCGACUUCUGAGCAAGCAGAGCUCCACCGCCCCCAAUGUGGUGAACGCAGCCCGGGCCAAAUUCCGCACGGUCGCUAUCAUCGCGCGCAGCCUGGGGACGUUCACGCCUCAGCAUCACAUUUCUCUCAAAGAGUCCACCGCAAAGCAGACUGGCAUGAAAUAUAGGAAUCUUGGAAAAUCAGGACUCAGAGUUUCUUGCUUGGGUCUUGGAACAUGGGUGACAUUUGGAGGUCAAAUUUCAGAUGAGGUUGCUGAACGGCUGAUGACAAUCGCCUAUGAAAGUGGUGUUAACCUCUUUGAUACUGCUGAAGUCUAUGCUGCUGGAAAGGCUGAAGUGAUUCUGGGGAGCAUCAUCAAGAAGAAAGGCUGGAGGAGGUCCAGUCUGGUCAUAACAACCAAACUCUACUGGGGUGGAAAAGCUGAAACAGAAAGAGGGCUGUCAAGAAAGCAUAUUAUUGAAGGAUUGAAGGGCUCCCUCCAGAGGCUGCAGCUGGAGUAUGUGGAUGUGGUCUUUGCUAAUCGACCAGACGGUAACACUCCCAUGGAAGAAAUUGUCCGAGCCAUGACACAUGUGAUAAACCAAGGCAUGGCGAUGUACUGGGGCACCUCGAGGUGGAGUGCUAUGGAGAUCAUGGAAGCCUACUCUGUAGCAAGACAGUUCAAUAUGAUCCCACCAGUCUGUGAACAAGCUGAGUACCAUCUUUUCCAGAGAGAGAAAGUGGAGGUCCAGCUGCCAGAGCUCUACCACAAAAUAGGGGUUGGCGCAAUGACGUGGUCUCCACUUGCCUGUGGAAUCAUCUCAGGAAAAUACGGAAACGGGGUGCCUGAAAGUUCCAGGGCUUCACUGAAGUGCUACCAGUGGUUGAAAGAAAGAAUUGUAAGUGAAGAAGGGAGAAAACAGCAAAACAAGCUAAAAGACCUUUCCCCAAUUGCGGAGCGUCUGGGAUGCACACUACCUCAGCUAGCUGUUGCGUGGUGCCUGAGAAAUGAAGGUGUGAGUUCUGUGCUCCUGGGAUCAUCCACCCCUGAACAACUCAUUGAAAACCUUGGUGCCAUUCAGGUUCUCCCAAAGAUGACAUCACAUGUGGUAAAUGAGAUUGAUAACAUAUUGCGCAACAAGCCCUACAGCAAGAAGGACUAUAGAUCAUAAGGCAAUGCAUGAACCACAGAAGCUGCAUGGUUAAAAUAGCGGCCUGUGCCCAGUACAGAAAGGUGUUACUAACCAGUCUUUUCAAUCACUUAGCAGCUUGCUGCUCAACCUCUAGUGUCCCUUCCUGGAUUCUCUGAGGUGUCUGCUGUCGCUACCACUGUGCACAUCUGAAAACUCACAACCAAGAAAAUCCAUUCUAUUUUCUUAUCUUGGACUGGAGUCACCUAUUCUUGCAUUGCUGUAUACACCUCAUGCUUAUGCAAUGGGAAGAAUAUGGGGGCCGCGGAGUGAUGUAUUACCUUCAGGCAUUUGGUAACUCAAAGAAGGCUGUACAGAUAUAUUUUUUCAAAAGAACAAAAUCUACAGAUGCAAUGUGAGUUGCAUAAGAAACAGAGUAGACAGACUAAAUUCAGUGAAGGAAAGGAAUUCAGAGAGUUUUCUUAGGAAAUAGAUUCUUGUUAAGUAAAUAGUUAUUAAAAAUAUAUCUCACUGCAAAAAAAAAAAAAACAAAACAAAAAUGUCUUCACUCAAAAGUCUUGCUUGGAAGAAUAAGCAGAAAGAAUUUUAUAUAUGUUUUUUUCUAUUUUCACAUUCAUAUUAACAAGUUUUGUUCCAUUUGUUGUUCAACAAAACUACAAUUUCUGGGUAUUUUGGCUUUAUUACCUUUCAAAUAUUUACUGUUGCUUGGCCCCAAGAAUGGCCUUGUACAACUUAUCCAGAAUGUCUAUUAGGAUUCUAAUGUUAUGUCCACUUACAAGUAGAGACAGUAAAAGGAUGAAUACCCCAAUCUUUAGUGACAUUGCAGCUGAUUUAUAAAAGAGAGGGCGACGCUGCUAUGGAAACUUAGCUUUGAAGAAAAUGCAAUGUAUCUGCAAUUAGGUGUUCAUUUGUUACUACCUUUUAUUAAAACCUGCUUUAUACUGUCAACUGCUUGGAGGCACAACUUCUGCAAGUUUAAAUAUUUGAGCUUUAAAAAUAAACAUAACACAUGCUCAGUUUUUUUAAGUAAACCUGUAAAAUACCCAGAAAGGCAAAUGUUCAUUGUUUAAUUAGCACUGGGAUUUUCAAUAUAAUGUUUGGUAUUUUUGAGGCGUUGUUAACAUGAAAGUCAACCACUGGCUUUGUGAAAAAAUGCUGUGUCACUAUUCAGAAUAUGCUGGGUAAAUUAACUUGCCUAGCGAAAAGCAAAAUGUUAAAGAACUUCUGGUUAUAUAAUAUUAUAUGCACUAAACUAUAUGCAUGAAAGUUCUUUGCAUGGAUUAACGGGGCUUACCCUUGUUGCACUUGAAAUCUGAGGUAUAUCUAGCCCUGCCACUAUUGGCUACUUCCCCUCAUUAAUAUCCCACUUGAGAAAAAUUGUGAGAAUAUACUAUGUCAAUAUCUGUAAAAAGAAAGAAAACAUUUUUUUUUUUUUUUUUUUUUGAAGGGGGUGGUGUAGAGGUGGCCCUUUAACUUUAUUUGGGUAUCUGAGGAUGUACAAAAUUCUAAUUUAAUUUUCUGGUCAGCAACUUCCCCAUACAGAAAUCACUUUGAGGUUUACAGAAGAAUUGUAGUAUUUUAAAAUGUUAUUUUCUGUCAUUAUUUCUAAAUGUGUAUUUCAUGGUUAAGUUCUAAAUCUGAAAAUGCUAGUGGGAGAUAUCAAGAAAUUUUCUUUUUGAUUACUAGUACCUGUAUUCUAACAAACAGAGUUUGAAUUUUUUGCCCGAAUAUCAGGAUGGAAAUUCAUCAUUUUUUCAGUUGUUCAUUGUGUAUUCAAUCCAGUGAACUGCUGUACGUAUAGAGGAGCUGAGGUGCCGUCUAAUGGGAAAUGUGAUUUAUUUGCUUAGAGUAAUAAAAGCAUUUUGUGCAUUAAAUCUCACAAUAGAUGUUAUCUGAUCUUUCAUUUUAAGGCUUUCCAUAUAUGUAAAAUAUACACAUGUAAAAUAUAUGUGGCCAUAAAAUAGGCAAUAAUCAUCUAAAUAAAAAUUAUAUUGGCAGCUAAGCUGCAUUGAAUAC